AUAGCAGAGAUAGUCCAAGUGACAUUCUUAAUGCCUUAAUAGACUUUAAAAUAUUGCCCACAAGUAAAAUGAUCAGAAAUGAAGAGGCUCCACCACUACCGAAAAGACAGUUACGCGUCGCAUAUAAGUCCCAAGAAGACUACCUUGCUGAACAAUUCUAUCUGUUUGUUGAGGACUUUCUUGGUCCACUGAGGCAAGGAAUAAAGGAAUUCAUGGCAAAUACAUCAAAUUCUUUAGAAAAUGGAAACGAAAAAUUUAGACCCAAAAGUAUAAGAAUUUAUGAAGGAGUACAUAUUCUAGAACGAAAGUGUGUCCUUGAUUCUGGAAUAGUUGUUGAAAUUAAGUUUGAUACAAAAAAACACAAGUUGGUUAAAUGGGAUUUCUGUAGCUUUUUGAAAUAUGGAAAUAUCGUUUGCUUAACAUACGACAAUUGUGACACACUUCUUUAUGCAUUAAUCGCAGAGCGAAAAACUAAGAACUUGAAAGAGGGGAAAAUUUCCCUGAAUAUAAUUGGUAAAAAAUUUUCCGCUUUUGAAGAAAUGAAGGCAGCUGCAAACGGAAGGAUUGUUAUGCUGGAAAGCACAUCCUUCUAUACUGCCUACCGACAUACAAUUACGUCAAUGAAAUCAAUGGCCGAAAGAAUGCUCCGCCGUGAAAGAGAAGUUAUUCCGUUCUCAAAAUAUAUUGUCGAUCUCAAAACCCGUAUCGCUGAACCUCGUUACAGCAUAUUAAGUAAUGGUGAUUUCGAUUGUUUAGUGCGAGAUAAGGCAAUGAAACAUAAUUAUAGCAGAGUACCACUCCUCAAAACAAAACAUUGGCCAAAAGCAGAAGAAUUAGGCAUGGACGGAGACCAACACAGGGCGCUUAGACUCUGUCUCACCAAAGAGCUUGGAAUUUUACAAGGACCCCCAGGAACAGGCAAAACAUGGAUGGGACUAAAGAUCGUAGAGUUUAUGAUAAAUAACAGACUUGGAUGCAGUGAACGAGGAAGGAACCCCAUAUUGUUGCUUAGUUAUACUAAUCACGCGCUCGAUCAAUUUUUCAAUGCUUUAUUUGAUAUUGAAAGUCUUCAAAAACUAUUACAUCGAUCAGAACCACCAUUUGUUCGCAUUGGUUCGCAGAGUAAUAUCGAAAGAAUUAAAGCGGUCAGUCUAACAGAGAUCAGGAAAAAACAAAGGCAUAGCAAUUCAAAAGCACACCGAAAAAACAUUUUCGAUUUAAAACAGAAGUUGCAUGAGAACGAACUGUGGAAAGAGAAGACCAAGAGCAGUGUCAUUUCUCCAGAUCAUUUGUAUUCCAAGGGAUGCAUUUCAAAAGAACAUAUAGAUUCGCUCAAGCAGCAAGGCGCCGAUUACAAAAAAAUUAUUUUCGAAUGGCUUGAAUUAAAAAAUCCAACCUUUAGUGAUUCAGUCUUAACAACGAACUUCACGGUUAAUCAAAAUAAUCAAAUAACACUUGAUGCAGACGAUGAAGAAGACUUCAAAUCACAAUUGGUUGAAAGAAUUGUGGAUUAUGCUGAUGAUCUGCACUUUGACGAAAAGAAAUUUCUUCGGGGAGUGUUAUCAAAUCUAGUUGUGUCUGAGGAGCUUCUGGUUCCUAAAAAGGAAUCAUUCUUGCAUCCUUUUUGGAAAGCACUCAGCUUAAAGAACAGAGAGAAAAUACUAAAAUAUGUCUCCAUGAGAUUCCGUCUUUAUGGCGAAAUGAUGGAGAAGGAAGUAAAUAAAGUUAAAAAUGUUUGGGAACUUUCUAUCGAUGAUAGGUGGAGGCUCUACAAGUUCUGGAGAGGGAAAUUUCAAGAACUGCUUCGUCAAGAAGAAAUCACACUAAUGCAAGAAUUUGAAGAGAAAAACAAAAUAUACCUAAAAGAGAAAAAAAUUGAUGAUAUUAAAAUCGUCUCUAACUGUUUUCUUGUCGGCAUGACAACAACAGGAGCUGGGAUGAAUAUCCUACAAGAAGUGCUUCCCAGAAUUGUCAUUGUGGAAGAAGCGGCUCAGGUCAUGGAACAACAUAUUUUAGGUUGUCUGACGAAAAACGUAGAACAUCUUAUACUCAUAGGUGAUCACCAACAACUCAGACCAGCCGUUCACAAUUAUGAAUUGUCAAAAACUCACAAAACUGACGUUUCCUUGAUGGAGAGACUAGUGUUAAAUAGAAUGCCAUACGAAUGUCUUUCACAGCAACAUAGAAUGCGUCCAGAAAUAUCUGCAAUGCUUACUCCCACUAUAUACAAAACACUGCGAAAUCAUCCAAGUGUAUUAGACUAUGAACGUAUUCGAGGGAUAAAGAACGAUAUUUUCUUUUUUUGCCAUACAAAUCGAGAGAGCCAGUCAGAGAACUCAACAAGUCAUAAAAAUGCAUUUGAGGCAGAGAUGAUUGCAAGAUUGUGUCUAUACUUGUUCUUACAAGGAUAUAGCAAGAAGGGCAUAACCAUUUUAUCUACUUAUAAAGAUCAGGUCAAAGUGAUCAGGCACUGUAUAAAGUCAGCAGAAGACAAAAUAUCCCAUAAAAUAUAUGACAACAAAGGGAAAAUUUCAGUUACCACAGUCGAUAACUUUCAAGGUGAGGAGAAUGAAAUCAUUUUACUUUCACUGGUAAGAAGUAAUGAAGAAAUGAAAAUCGGUCAUUUGAAAGACACAAAACGAAUAUGCGUUGCACUUUCCAGGGCUAAAAAUUGUUUGUUCGUCUUUGGAAACUUUCAAAGCAUUCAGAAAAAUGAGACCUGGAAAAAAAUAGUUUUUAAAGCGAAAGAUGAUGGAAAUUAUGGAAACAGCAUCUUGCUAAAGUGUGUCAAUCAUCCAAAUAAAACGACAGAGGUAUCUAAACCAGAGGAUUUUGACAUGAUCCCAUUUGGAGGAUGUGGCAAACCAUGUGGUUACCGGCGAGAGUGUGGUCAUAUAUGCGACUUGACAUGCCAUGCUAUUGCUGCCUACCAUGAAAGACCUUGUGAAGUGUUGGUGAGAAAAGUACACCCAAGAUGUAAACACGAACUACGACUUAGAUGUUCCACAAGGUUACGGACACCUCUCGGAUAUAUAAGUUGUCGCGUGUGUGAAAAAGAUUCUGGCCUUCCGUCCUCGUCUGAGGCCCAACCUGAUCAGGAUCGGGAUCCGAUGUCGUCACCAUGGUGACAUGAUCUAGAAACUAUAUAAGGAAAGUAGUCCAGAAGAAAUGACACUAAAUGGAGUAUGAAUGUUGUCGUGUUUGAUAACAUAAGGUAUGACAUAUUUACUGGAGCAUACACAACUU